AUGUCUCUCUCGAAUCCAUUCAGCUCCUCCUCCGGCUCCCCCAACCUUUCCUCCUCAGAAAUGAAAUCCGCCAUAGUACAACAGCUCCAAAGCGAGGCCGCCAUGAACAACGCCCGAAUGCUGAUGGAGAAACUAAACUCGAACUGUUUUGAAAAAUGCGUUCCUACCCCCGGCUCCAGCCUUUCGUCAGGCGAGCAGAGCUGCAUAAAGACCUGUAUGGAGAAGUAUAUUUCUCUCUGGAACGCCACGAGUCAGUCGUACGUUAGCCGAUUGAAGCAGGAGAACGAGAAGAACGGAUCGAGUGGAAGCGGCGGGGUUUUCUAG